GCUCUUGAUCAGAGAGAGAGAGAGAUGGAGAUUGCAGGCUUGGAGACUGAAGAACGAGUUACUAAGGGUGGGGACAAGCUAAUCCACCCACAUCCACUGCAAUUCUUAGUGAAGAUUCCUCAGAAUGAGUAUGCUUUUUGCGGAGAAUGUGAGAGUUUUUGGGAUAAAACGAUUAAAGUCUACGGUUGCUUACGAUGUCGUUACUAUAUCCAUCCACGCUGUCAUCCAGUCCAGAAAGUGAAAGAAGUCCAACCCUUGUGUCAUCCCUGUCCUCUCAUCGGAUAUGUGGUUCAUCCCAGUCCCAGAAUGCAGGGCGUGAUUACGUUUACUCAGGAUACAAUGGUUUGCUGUAAUGUUUGUGGCCGGCAAGCUAAGAGGGGUACUAGGGUCAUCUUUCACUGUAACAAGUGUGAUUUCAACCUUGAUCCUGAAUGCAUUGAUGUGAGCCCGGCUACACCUAGCAAUAUUAAAACGGUGCCGGAUAAGGAACUUCAAAGUUCUACAAAAUAUUUUAGCCACGAGCAUCCUUUGAUACUCUACCUUAACAUGCCUAGAGAUCGAGUUUAUUGUCGUGUAUGUAGAAAGUACUGCGCCGAUAAUGCCUACGGUUGCUUACCAUGCGCCUUCUUUCUCGAUCCAUCAUGUGCUGAGCUAAAAUUGCCACGAGAAAUCCAACAUUUCUACCAUUCCUGUCUUCUCACCUUGUACACUGAACCAAAAGUCGUUCAACAAAUUGCUUGGCAGACAUCCAACUUUUCUCCAUCAUGCAGAGCUUGUCAUCAAACGUUUCCAUAUGAAGCCUUCUACUAUGGUUGUCUUCGGUGCCUUUUCGUGAUGGAUAUUGAUUGCACUCUAUUGCCGGCCAGCUUGGCAACUGGAUCAAGUAGUCAAAGAAAGCAUCACCCUAUUUUCCAUGGACAUCCAUUGUCACUUUAUGAGGAAAAGAACGAAGGCCAAGUUAAUUGCUUUGUAUGUGGGAAAGGCUGCAAUAGUAGUAGUGCAAUCUAUUCUUGUGGUAGAUCUACCUGCCGUGAUAUUUACAUAGACGAAUCAUGCAUUAAGUUGCCGCUAAAGAUCUACCAUCCCCUUCAUUUGUCUCACCCUCUCUUCCUUCUCGAGCAAAAAGGUCCUCGUGGCAAAUGCAAUGCCUGUCGCAAGGAUACCCUUUCUUUCGCCUACAUUUGUCAGCAUGACAAUUGUAGUUUUUUCUUGGACAUUAUUUGUGGUGGAGUGAGAGUGCCUGCCAUAAACUACGAGGCCCACAGUCACCUUCUACAUUUUAGGGAGAGAACGGAUGAUCGAGUACUCAAGUGCAAUGCUUGCGAUAAAAGUUGCGAAUCAUCUAUCUUCAGUUGUCUCCACUGUCAUUGGAAUCUCCAUUAUACUUGUGGUCCAUUGCCAAAUCGCAUUACCCAUAAAUGUCACGAAGAUCCACUCGUUCUUACAACUGCUCUUGCUGAACAUGAAGAUGAGAUGGACGAUGAAUUUUAUUGUGAUGUUUGUGAGAAACAGAGAGACCAACUAUUGCCGAGUUAUCAAUGUACAGACUGCAAUUUUGUUGCUGAAAUUGGGUGCGUCAAAUCUGAGGUAAUGUCACUGCUAAAGGGAGAUCAUGGAGAUCAUGUAGAGUUAAAGGAUCCUUUUGGGCAGCUUGGAAAGUUGAUUAUGGUGCCCAAAAAUACAAUAAAAUAUAAGAUGUUGCAAAACGAAGAAGAACAAAGUGAGCCGACUUUAAGGUUGUCUAAAAUUUUAAAAUCCUUGAAUGAAGAUGAGAGUAAGGAAUUGAGAAGGGUUCUAGAGCCUAGAGAGAUUAGACAAACAGUUAAUGCUGAAGAGAUAUUCUCUGAUGACCCUGAGGAAGAUAAUAUUCUACGGUUUUCUGACAAGGGUUACACACAAUUUAUAAAGUUUCUUGAUCGGGGCACAGAGAUUUCUGUAGAAUUAAGGGACGGAGGAACUGAGGUUCGUUUUAGGAGUUUGGAUGCAAAAUCUCACAAUGACUACUUUGCUCUUGAAGAAGAGGUUGUUAAUGUUGGAGAACACCACAAAGCUGCUUGGACUUUUGCUCCUAUCCUGAGGAUCUUGCUUUCCAAACACGGUGAUAUUAGCUCUGCAUCCACACUAAGUCCAAAUGUAAAACUAUUUUUUCUUAACAUGUUAUGUGGUUGCAUAUACAGCAUGAGAAACACCAAGGUUGUAGAUAUCACCAAAGAUUUGCUUCUCGUCUGGUGGACAAGCUUGAGAACUUGCCAAGAUGCAGGAUUUGAAAUAAAACCUCUCGUUGAUCAUCUGAAGAGAGUUGCACAUGCCUUCUUUGGUCUUUAUAUUGGAAAACAAGCAGACAAAGUUGAGAGAGAUAUUGCAAAGCUUUCCCAAGUUCUUGAGGAACUAAAACGGAAUCAUGAUUGUAUAGCCUCUUCUACAAAACCAGACUCAGUUAAGGAAUGCUUGAGGGAGGCUUCGGUCUUGAAGAAAGGUAAAGCUAUUACUGAACGAUUAUGGGAUCAGUUGAUAUAGGCCGGUUUGAAAAUUAUUAUGUAAUCUAUUGGCAUUAAUUCUUGCGUGUUUGUUUGUUUGUUUUUUUCUUUUUUAUUUUUACUUCACUGCAUCCAUCGUGAAUAUGUGUAACACCCGUUCCCUAGGGUUAUGAAUAAAGCCAUUUUUAGAAAUAUCAUAAACUGGAUUUCGACGUUGCCUUGGGAGAAAAACACAGACAAUCUUGCCUCAAAAGCAAGCAAAGGAAGCCAUCUCAGAAGCAAUCUUGCCUUGGGAGAAAAAUGAUUGUGUACAAUAAUUAAGCUAAAAUCAUGGGUCCGAUGUUGAAGUUCUGAAAUUCUUUGAUUAUGCUUUUUUAUUUUUAAAUAAUGAAAAACGUCUUCAAAGUAAUAUGCAAAUGCCAUUAUAUAUGGUUUGGCGGUGAACUGUAGGGUUGCAAUAUGUUGGCCUUCAUUCCUUUUAUGUUC